AGUCGUGUGCUCCCGCUGCUGCUGCUGCCGCCGCCGCUGCUGCCGCCGCUGCCCGCCGCUGUUUCUGCUUCCUCUGCUUUCUCGCCCUCUCUUUUUUCCCCUCCGUCAUCAGCGCCUCCUUCCAGCCGUCGUCACUUCUGGCCGCUCGGUCUGGGGUCCGAUCCUGUCUGGUGAGGCCGCCUCGGAGCUAGGAAAAUGUCUGAUGAAUUUUCAUUGGCAGAUGCUCUACCAGAACAUUCGCCUGCAAAAAAUUCUACUGUGAGCGGUACAAAACCUGGUCAGCCACCACAGGCUUGGCCAGGUUCCAAUCCUUGGAAUAACCCAAGUGCUCCACCUUCUGUGCCAUCUGGACUUCCACCAAGUGCAUCACCCUCCAGUGUGCCUUUUGGACCUACACCCACAGGAAUAUAUCCUUCAGUGCCUGCUGGACCACCCCCUGGACCGCCAGCACCCUUUCCUCCCUCUGGACCAUCUUGUCCUCCACCUGGUGGUCCUUAUCCAACUCCAUCUGUGCCAGGUCCUGGCCCUACAGGGCCAUAUCCUACACCAAAUAUGCCUUUUCCAGAGCUUCCAAGACCAUAUGGUACGCCCACAGAUCCAGCUACAGCUGGACCCCUAGGGCCUUGGGGAUCCAUGUCUUCUGGUCCAUGGACACCAGGAAUGGGAGGGCAGUACCCUACACCUAAUAUGCCAUAUCCAUCUGCAGGGCCGUAUCCUACUCCUCCUCAAGCACCGACGACAGCACCACCUAUUCCAUGGGGAGCUGUCCCACCUGGAGCAUGGGGACCACCUGCGCCAGCUCCAUUCCCGGCACCUAUGGGAUCAUAUCCUGCGCCAGGACUCUAUCUUACUCCUAAUAAUCCUUUUCAAGUGCCUUCUGGACCUACUGGUGCUCCACCAAUGCCUGGUGGUCACCAUUCUUACCAUUGAGUUUUUGAUGGACAAUGAGACGACUCUACUUUCCAGAGUAUGUGUAUGUAUGUAUGUUUGUGUAUACGGUAUAUAUGUGUGUGUAUAUAUAUACACAUACACACAUAUAUAUACAUUAAAAAUUCUGGUUUCAGUGCUCUUGGGACAUUUCACAGAAAGGGUCUCAGACAGCUCAAAGAAGACUUGGCUCUUGGACCUGGAUAUACACUUGGAAUAAUUAGAGAUAAUAUCAUAAACUUUAAAAUUAUUCGUAUGUUUUUUCCAUUUGUUGUACUAAGGGGAAUCAAAAUAAUUAAGUAUGUUCACUAACUCUUGGUAGAAUUUGUGGAAUAUUUCGUUUUUUUAAAAUUAUGAAACCACACACCUAAGUCUAUGUUGAUGUGGAUACUAAUUACCUAUAACUUGUUGGAAAUUAUUUCAAAUAUUUUCUUUGAUAUCUUUGUUUCCCUGAAUAAACAUAUUUCUGACAAAUCAUUUUGCCAUAUGUUUAAAAAAAAAAAGACCAAAUAAAUGCCUCUGAGCAUUUUGAACAGUAUUGUCUACAGAGUAAAUAAACUUUGUGCUCCUGGGUUAUAAUUCUGGAGUAAAUGUUUAAAAAUAUGAGUUAUGAAGUAGUGUUUAUCAAGUCUUGAGAGUGUAUUUGCUAGUGUGCAUAUCCUUGAACACUGAAUAUUAAAUAUUCUUGCUUUCUACCAGCUAUCAUUCUGAGUUAUUGUAGUUUUGUUUUUAGUAAUUUGAGUUGUGAUUUUGAAAUUAGUCAUCUAUGGACCCUGCCAGAAAUCUUUGUUUAUUCAUGCCAACAUAUCCAGUGACAUAGCUUCUGUGGUGACUCUUGAUUGUGUGAUGAGUUGUACACAUUAUUGAGGAUGAAGAGCUCAAGAAAAGGGGUCCUUUAUCUCCCCUACUUUGUACUCCAAAGAAGAGCCCUGGAAAUUGAUUUGCCAUAGCAGGUUUUCUCAUUCCUACAGAACUUUGAUGGUCCCUGGGGAUUCCUUUAGUUCCAAAAUGGAACUUCCUUUGUACUUUCCUUGAUCUGGAGAACUGGUGACAUUCUUAACAUCUUCCCCAAUAAUGUAUAGCUAAUUUAUCAUAUUUAUAGAACCUUAUGUAUUGAAGACAUAUCAAUUCUUCUCCCAAAGUCUCAAACACAUAUCAGUUAUUUCCUGCCAGGUGUUUUGUUCUCUUUAUAAAAUACUUUAGGCAAAAGAAUUGAGUGCCUUCCCUUAAGAGAAUGGUCUCCAAAUACUGAUAUCAGACAUACGUGUGUGUGUAGAGUAUAUGAGACAUGGAAGUAACGUUCCCAUUUGGCUUCAACAAACACUUAUUCUGUGUGGGAAAAACUGCAGGCUGCUGCUUCAUCUCAACUUCAUUGCCAAAUUUGGACUAAACUUGUUUGCCAGUUGAAAGUGGACUUCAGUAAGUGUACUUGUCAGGCCAUUUUAAAAACUUAAUGUUCAUCAUUUAGUAAUGAAAAGUGUUGAGAGCUAUUGAAUAAUUAUUGGAAAAAGACAUGCAUGCUUGGGGCACUGAUACCUUUUAAAAUUUAAAUACUUAAAUUACUCUUAAAAUUUUAAGAAUGCCAAAUGCUGCCAAUUUAACAUUAUAACUACCUCUUUGAAAUAAAGUAGAUUAAUACCUUUUAAGAGUAGCUUUCAGUGAUCCCUUAUUUUAAAUAAACUAUAAAAGAAUUACAAACGUUUUAAAUAAGAAUGAAGUAGGAAAGUAAUUUUUUUAAUAUAACACGAAGCAUAGAACUUUACGUGCAUCAUGUAGGUUAGGGCCAGUAGCUCUUCUAAAAUGUGUUAAUUAUUUUUUUCCCACCUUUGCAAUCCAAAGUGAUAGGAGCAUUUGGGGAGCUUUCUGGCAGUAGCAGUUAGAGAAUCUAACCUAUCUCUAGUGUUCUAGGUAAAGAAGGAAUAGGAGAUAGCUUACUCCCUUCCAUCCUUAAGUUUAUUGGAAUUCUUUAUCAAAAUGCCAGUACCUCUGUAGGGAGUCUCUGCUUAACUAACAACUAAAGUAUUAGCUUAUAACAGUUUAAGCAAGAAGAUGAUAAGGGACCUUGUAGUGGAGGGUAGAACUAGGUAAGAUGGGAUAUAGCGGAAUGAGGAAAGGGGCUAAGUGAAGUGGGAGGACCUCAAAGAUGGUUUGCCUUCCUCAUUUUGUCUUAAGGCUGGCUACCGCUAAAAAUCCUUCGGGUUUGUCACUUUUACAUAUUUCUGCACACAUACAUCUAUUCCUUAGAUUAGCUAUUGGCCUAUUAGGUAAGUAUGUAAAAACCCAGUUGAAGGAAGAAGUGAAGAAAGUUUGGGUAUCUACUAGUGUAGAAUGAGAAGAUACCCAAAUAUGGAACAAAUUUUUGGUGCAUCCAGGUUUUAUUAGCUUGAAACUUUAAUCGGUAGCUAAGACUCCCAACUCCAUUUUACACUAACUAUCAUAAUGCUCAGCAUGAUGACAGCUACCCUUCCUCACCAGUAUUUUUCAACUUGGCCUGUGCUUUUUGUAUGUGAGAAUAGAGCUCUUUUAUCAUGCAAAUCCAUAGAGAGGGUGGGAUUUGCUUUGCAGUAAGUUUUCCUGGCUAUGAGGAAUGUCCAUAAACAUGUUGAUGCACUUUCUCUGAAAGUAUUUUCCAAAAUGAAAGCUCAGAACUUGAACAGGGGAAAACAGAGGCCAACAAACAUUUUUAGGGAAAGAAUGGAAUUAAGGAAUAAGGGAGAUUUUAGAAGAGGAAGGAAAUUGGAAAAAUGAGUCUUCAGAACAAUUACUUUUUAGGCAGUAAGUUGGGAUAUAAAUAGGGCAUAUUAAACUGAGUAUCAAGAGAAGCUGUUUAGAGCUUGGGAAAUUGGAUUGGAUUGGCAUUUGGUCUCAAACAGUUUUUAAAAAGUAUGAAUACUGGGUCAUUCCAAUGUUAAGUGUGAUGCCUGAAAUGGAAUUCUGAAUUUGGGAACAAAUGUACAAUCAUUGAGUUUGUAAAUGAUCAGAUGAUAACCCCCAAAAGAUAUAAAAUUAUAGGAAAUGAUUUUUUUGAAGUUAAAAUAAUUUGUUACUGCAUGUCUCUUUAGGCCUCUCUUUAUGGACCUCAACUCUAAAAGGGAUUAUAGUAUAUUAAAGUGUGUUUGGAAAGGACAGUUCUUAGGCAUCCUUUAAUAUUUGUGAAGGGAGUGUUUUCAGCCACCCUGUCAUAUUUAGUGAAAUCAUUUGUUGAUUAUUGGGAAUUCAUAAUAGAUAUUGGAAUUAGCUAUCUUUAUUAGAGAACAGACAAGAUAAAAGUAGGUGUGAAAUUUUGCUAUUAUUUCCAGUCUUUUUGGAUCUGGUUUUUUGAAAUACGAUUUUUUUUGCCUGUCAUUUUACCUUGCCAUUAAAAUAUUCAAUUGGAAAAAUAUGCAAAUGAAUAUAGUAACUCCUGGCUUAAAUUUAAAACAUUCAGUACUACGGUGCUUUUAACUUGCAUAACUAUCAGUUCCCUAUGCUUCAUGAUAAUCCAUGCUAACAUUUCCUUUCUUCACCCUGAAUAAAUAGAAUUAGAUUUAAUUUCACAGUUUAAAAGUAAACACUCUAGUAAUUAAUCACUGAAGAACUAAAGCUAUUUUAAAUAAAGCUUCAACCUAAAAUCAGGUGAGUAUAUUUGCAUGACUUAUCUAUUCAAAUAAUAUACUCUACUAUGGUUUAGUUUCAAGGAACAGCAUACAAAUAAUUAUAACUAGAUUAUUUUAUCUUAAGGAAAUAUUUGUUACUGAAGACAAACAUCUGUAUAAUUUCAACCAAACAUAAGAUUGCUAAUAGAAUAUUUGAUGCUGUAGUCACCUUGAAAGUAGAACGUGAAAUUAAAACUUCUGAUUAAAGUUAAUGUUAAUGUAAGGGAAAAUCUCCUAAUAAUUAAAAAUGUCCAAAAAGUGGAAUGGGUUGUCUUACAGGGUAGGGAGUUCUCCAUCACUGGAAGUCUUCAAGUAGAGCUUAGAUGACCAUUUCUCAGGAUGCUUACUUAUCAGGGAGGUUGGAGAGGGAAUUCCUGUUCAGGUAGGGGUUAGACUAGUUAACUUUUGAGGUCCCUUCCAACUCUAAAGUUCUUGAAGGUCUAAGAAAGUAAUAACAUUUUCUUUCCCUUCAUCAUUCCCUUGGUUGCUAAUGACAAGGAUGACACUGAUUAAUAGAUGCUAGUUUGUCAUUAUGUAAACACAAGUUCUGAGUGUAUGCCCUAUAAAAUCUGUAUUUUUCUUGUAUUGUGAUUUUUGUAUUUUUUUUUUACAUCAAAUUUACUGUUCAGUUGUCAAUACAUUUUAGGUUAAACUGCCUGAGAUGUGAUUUGAGAUAUUUGUUUGUAUUUGAAUUGUAAGCAAUCACAGCUUGAAAUGAUAGAUGUUAUCACCUGCUGCUGUAUUGUGUAUAAGCAAAGGCAAAUGUUGCUCUAAAGUAAGAAGUAAUUAUAACUAGAAAUAGGCUGUAGAUGUGAUACUUCAUACUUUUAAAGAUAGAUUUGUUUUGCUUUUGUAUAUUCCUGAAAAUUAAAAAAAUGUAUUUUCAUGA